CAGUGUGCACCUUGCAAGCCUCCGGCUGCAACCCGCCAGUAAACCAACAGAAGAAGAAAAAUAGACGUCUUUGCUAGCGAGGUGCGUAAAAUAAUACAACAAUAGCACCGCUCAAAAGUGAUCGGGAAGUUUCAUCUGACCCGAUCGUUGCGGCAUAUAAACAUUUAUACAAAUUGGGACGAAGUAUUGCCAGGCUUUUGCCUUCGAGCGGUAAAAAGAGCUACAUGCUAGUGGUGCUGCUAGCUCCUAAGCUAACGACGCUAUUUAAGACUGCUGCAUUGUGAAGCGUUAAGUAAGCUGUGGUUUGGCGGUGUUUGAGAGGCCAUGAAGAUGGAGGAUCAGUUGGAGAUGAUGUCACAAUUCCAAGAGCCCAGGGCAAAGAGAAAAAUGAUGGCAAUUGAAAAUAUGCCUGAGUCAGGUCCUUCCACCAGUGGAUUUCCUUACGACAGGGCACAUCUGAAAUACGGCUUAUCAAAAAGGGUAGAGGUUUCUUUGUUCAGGCUUCCUGAAUAUAAGAUCAGCGCCCUUCGACCACCGACGCCGCCACAGUUCUACAGUGAAGAUGAAUCGCUGAGCAGCUCUAAUUCUGGUCUUCACGACCGACAAGAAGACUCGAGUGAUUCUGAUUAUUCGUCUUCAAAGACUCCAAAAGCUAAAGCCAACAGUCUUGAGCAUACCCCUAUAAUUGAUUCAUCGGUGUUUGCCUACACUCCUCAAGAAACCCUUAAGACUCGUCCUGAACUUCCCGAAGAAGAGAUCAAGGCGGACAUGGUUGUGCUAGCCAAAAAGAAGAACUUGAGAUGGCAUCGAGGUCAGAUUGUGGAGGUUGUUAUAAAGGAAGACGGACGAUUGAAGUACAAAGUCAUUUUCGAAGAAAAAGGAAAGAGUCUGGUCUCGGGCCACCAUAUUGCUUUUGAAACCAUGCCAAAACUGGAGCAGUUGUAUGUUGGCGCUCGUGUUGUGGUCAAGUGUCAAGAUGACACAACUCUGUUCAGAGCUGGUAUCCUGGCAGAGCUCCCCUGCAGAAAGAACCGUCUCAGGUUUUUGGUGUUCCUGGACAACCACAAGCCCAUCUAUGUUGGCCUAACAUUAUUUCACCUCGUGUGCAGACCAUUACCAGAACCUGUAGAGGACAUCCAGGACGAAGCUCACAGAAGUUUUAUGGCUCAAUACUUAAGGGAUUGGCCUUACCCUCAUCUAACCCAGUACAAGCCUGGCCAGACUGCCUCUGUGGAGUUUAAUGACGAGUAUCACAAGUGCAAGGUGGAGCUGGUGGACUCCAGCUUGAUACAGGUGUUGUUUAAGUUUGAUCAGCACAAAGAGUGGAUUCACCGUGGCUCCAUACGGCUAGAACAUAUGCCAAGAUUUUUGGAACUGAGGAGAAGAGAAGCAGACGCCGGUGAAGACUGAAUGACUGCUCUGGACAAUACCUUUUUAUCCAUACUUUUAUAUUGCUACUUUUCUCUUCAGUAAUUGUACAAAUGAUAGAUUGUCACUUUUCAAAAGCCCCCUGGUAGGUGCCAGAAGACUUCCGAGAGACUUUCAGCAACAUGAUAAAAUCCAAAGGAAGACACUUUUCAAACCUGCUCAACUAUCUUAUGUUAAAAGGCAAUUUGUUUCAAGCCCUCCGCGACCCAGAGAGGGACCAGCAGUAGAAAAUGGAUGGAUGAUUUGUAAUCUCUACGGUGAGAGAAUCAACAGCGAAUCUCAGAAAAUGCUGUAGAAAAUGAGUUUCAAGUAGUAGCCUCCAGCCUUCCACACUUCUCACGAGGCCAAUUAAUGGGUGUCUUUCUAUCGUUUAGCUAAAACUCUGCUCUAUUGUACAUGCAACUAUUACUAAAAAAUGUGUAUAUAUUCUGUCAAGCAGCUGUAUUUUAUACAGGCAAACAUCCGUUACUUUACAUCAAACGGAGCCAACCAAGAUUACCAUUUGAGGAAAUGGCAUCAUGCAUACAUAUGUACAAAUUAUUCACAACCUGGCAGAUUUUGACUUGAAGAUACUUUUAUUCAACCAGCAAUGUAUUUUAUCUGUCAAAGUCAAUGGGUAUAACCUAACCUGAUCGGUUACCCGACAUUUCCCCUCAUUUUUGUAACCUGUCGCCCAGAAGAGCAGAGCAGAGUAAUACUGGUCUGAAAGUGCAGAAGUAACUCCAACGACUUCAUUAAAUUCCUCAAAUUUAACUACAUGUUCUGAGUCAAUUCUAAUUGUUAUUCAUCAAUAACACAUUUAAGUAAUGAUUUAGAGAUGUAUUUAUUUCAUUGUGUCCCAUUUGACCCUCCAUAGAACACGGGUUCCUGGUCCGAUUUGUUAAAAUGAUGAAAUCCAACUAUCUUAACAGAAGCGAUAUCCUCUGAAGUUCUGUUCUUUAGAGGCAGGUUUUUCUGGGAAAUAAUGGUGGAAUUCAGGAUUUUAUGACAUUCUACUUUGGUGUAUUAUAAUUAGUCCUUGUUUCAUCCUGUCGUCUAAUGCCUACAGACUUUUUUUCAAAUGAUAGUGGUUCAAAGCGAAACCGUUAAUAUGGAAUGAACUGAUAUUUAAGAAUGUUAAGUGGAACGUUGUAUCAGGACAAUACACUUUUGCUCUGUCAGUUAUGUGUCACAGCUUAUCGUGGUUGUUAUAUUUUCCACUUUUCAUAGGAUCCGGUUUUCAACAAAAAAAUGUCGCCAAAAGUUUGCUCCGGUUUUCGUUUAUCAUCUCGGUUAUCAUACGGACAAACAGCCACAUAACAAACUAGUUUGUUUGCCUAACAUUUGGUGGAAUCGAGUGCCGUAAUCAAAGUGCUUCGCGUUGACUUAUUCUUGCCAUGUUAAUAAUAAAUUGCUUGACUCCAGCUUUA